AAUCAGACAAGAGUUGGUGGUGGGUGUUGUUGACCCUCAAUCAGACAAGAGUUGGUGGUGGGUGUUGUUGAUCUUACCUAUAGUUUAUUGACUCAAACGUUAAGGACAUCUGCACAGAGGGUCCUUGGUUUACACCUAAUUGCUGAAAUAAAAAUUGCACUCUACCCAAUAAGGCUUGCACUGUAAGAGUGACAGUCAGUCCCAUUAUUUGAUUAGAAUAACCCAGUAGUUUUCUUCCCUACAAUCUUUCUUUGUGGAGAGUGUAUAUGUAUUAUUUACUUGAGUCAUUGAAGGGUUAUAUUCAUCAAUACUAUCCCUGAGAUCCUUAUGUCAAGCCCCAGAGUGGCUCAGCGGUAUGUCUGUGGCCUUACAAUGCUUAAAACUGGAUUUCGAUACUCGUGAAGGGCAGAGCACAGAUAUCCUAUUGUGUAGUUUUGUGCGUAACAACAAACAAACAAACCAUAUGUCAAGAAUCUUCUAUUGUAGGUUGUUGUAUUUUGUGCAUAAACCUUUUGUAUUUGAUAAUUAAUUAAUUAAUUUUCAGUAACCAUAUUUCUAAGUUUACUUUUGAGACUGUGCUAAACUUUAUUUUUCUCAGUAAUCAAACUAUUUGUUAACAUAAUUGUGUCUGAAUGGCUGAAAUUGUUCCCACUUUUGUUGUGUCCCAGCUCGGUACGAGAGCUUACAAGACAAACUGGCACAAAUCAGAGAUGCCAGAGGAGCACUCGACGCUCUUCGAGAGGACCACCGAGAAAAGUUGAGACUUGAGGCGGAGGAAGCCGAACGUCAACGCCAGUUUCAGAUGGCACAGAAACUGGAGAUAAUGAGAAAGAAAAAAACAGGAAUAUCUACAAUUUCAACGAGAAAUUGCUAUGCAAAGAAUGCAGGAACAGGAGCGGGAGAUGCAGAUACGACAAGAGCAACAGAAACAACAGUAUCAAACUAUGAUCCCUGGGCCUCCCGGUGUUUACCAUCCACCCCAGGUACCCUACCUUCCUGCACCUGGAUAUCCCGUUCAGCAAUCGGCAGACGGCUCCCCAGGUCAUGUACAGUACCCUGGUCAGUAUGGACAACCACCUAUGGGUCCUGGCCCUGGACAACAACCUGUUUAUCCACCGUAUAAUAUUCAGAGUAUGCCUGGUUCCCAGGUACAUCAUCCAUAUUCUGCUCCUCCAGUUUUACCAACACCUGCCCCUGUCUCUCAGCCUGUCCCACCAACUUGUUUGGGUUCUCUACCGGCAGGAGUUAGGGGUCCUCCUAACCAUCAAGUUGUGCAGGUAGUCCAACCAAUGCAUGUGCCCUCACCUGCAACUAAUCACACCAUGCCCCAGCAACUUCAAGGAGUUUCUACAGCUUCGGUGAUGGGAACUCACCAGAUGGUGCUACCAACAGAGCAGCCAGCUGAAGCUGAAUUAAUUAGUUUUGAUUAAAAAUGUUAGGCAUUUUGGGAGCAUUUUCAAUUAAAUUCAUAUAUAUAUAUAUAUAUUUUAAAAUAUAAUAAGUUUCUGAAAGAAUAUGUAUGAAGCAUCGAUCUAGAUCUGACCUACUGGGAAUUUGUAAGCUUAUUUUAACAUGUAUAUAUGUUUAUUUAGUUUCUUGUAAUAUCUUUAUAUAUAUUUUUUUUCUUCUCAUUAAGCCACGUUACAUAAAAAUUGUAACUAAGAUACCUUUGGUUCUCUCAGUUAAAAAAAUUCUUUGUAAACCCAUGCAAGUGUUUGUAUUCAACUAUGGUGAACCAGAUGUGAUGAAGCUUUGUUUACUUGUUACUAGAGGGCGCAUGCAUCGUUAUUUAUGUAUUAUAGGAUUGAAGUAUUUCGAAUAUUGAAAUGUUGAAGUUCAAUCAGACAGUUUUCAGAAUUUUUUAUUUCCUAAUCCUAUAAAAAAAUUACCAGACCUCUCAGUGAAACCCAUAAAAAAAUACAUUUGAAGGUAGACCUUUAUUUUUUAAUCAAAAAUGUUGUCACAAAAUUUUCAGUACUGUAGUCAUGACAUUACCAUAACUAUCUGGAAUGGAUAUAUGUAAUGACUUUGUAGCAUUUUUGAUGUGGAGAAUAAUUCAGACUUGAUUAUUGGAAUUAUUAAAAUUUGGGUGGUAAAACCUGUCAUCCUGUGAA